UUUACACAUUUCACUGUUUUUGUCUUACUUGUGCUGCUGCUCUGACAAUUUUAUUUAAAAAAUGUGCAUUAAUAUUUAGAGCAAUCACUGCAUGACCUUCCUGGGAACAAAAAGCAUUGGUUCAAAUUAUAUAUUGACCUAACGUAUUUUUACUGCUUUUAAUUAUGUUUUUUGUCAUUCUUGAUAAAUCUGACAGUAAUAUGUCUCUGUAUCUGAAGUCGUUACAGGUAUCUAGUCUACAGAGGCUAGUGAGCUGGUGCUGAGGAUUCUUGGGGUGAAGAAUCUGAGUUGCCAUCUCUUCAUGCUUGGGUUGUAGAUGAAGGCAGUUUCCUGAUGGAUAAAACACUAAAACACUCAUAGUAUGAUUGAUGUAGACCACCUGUGGAAUAACUCCUUUACCAUUUGAGUAAAAAUGUGUUUUUUGUGAGUGCAACACUCAUUAAGAAUUUUUUUAUUUUAUUUAUAUAUAAUUUAUAUGCUUUUUAUUUAUGGCCGCUUCAACUUUGUAGCUUACCAUAUUAGAAAGAGAAAAACAUGUAAUUUCAAUACUAUGAUUUCCUAAAUAAAAGUGUUUUACCUUCAGAAACAGAGUUUAGUGAAAUACAUAAUAGUUAAAGCCAACUUUAUUGUAAACCAAAAAAUACACCACUACUCCAAAGCUAGAACAAACUGUUACCUUCACACUCCAAUGUGCAAUGUAUAGGUUACUGAGUUAAUUAAGAGGUCUGGGGGUUUGAGGUCAGAAGCUUUUGCAGGGCCUGCAGACGAAAUGCAUGAAAGUAGGGUAAACAGGGAGAUGUGGUGAUCCUUGUUCUCAUCACUAUUUGGAAGACUGAGCGGAAGCAGUCCUCUACCAGAUGGAAGCUGUGGCUGUCCUCACCAUCACCUCAUCAAAACAAAAGACCCCAGUGUGGAGAUGGAGACCUACCAUGUGAGCGCUGGCCACAUGUUCUUGCUGAAGUGCCUCAUUCCUGGUGCUCAUCCGAAUGUGACCUGGGGCAGAGGUGGGAGACACAACCUGAAUCUGCCAACUGGCGUGGAAGUCAGGGAGGGACUGCUGUGGUUCCUCCCGGUGCAGACGGCCCACGAGGGAAACUACACCUGUGAGAAAUGGAGCACAAAAGGCUUAUUGCAGAUGACGGUUCAGGUGUCAGUAUCCAAUAGAGAGUGUCCUGAUGCUUCGGAGACAGUCUCCAUCCCGCACGGAGUCAGUGGAAGUCUUCCCUGCAAACAGACGGAGAUCUUUCAACUGGGAAAUACAACGAACAUACGAUGGAUGCAGGAAUGCCAACCAGUGCAGCCACUGUCUGUGGAUAAUAAAGGCCUUAUGAGGUUGCCUGCAGUCUCAGAGACACAUGUGGGGAAGUACACUUGCCUGGUGGACCUUAGUGUGGACGGUAGGGAGUACACGGCUGCACGCAGCAUCCAGCUGACUGUCAACAACGAUAUGGUGGCCACAGAACCGCAGGUGGUGUUGCCUCAUAACCAAGUGAUCAAGGUUGAAGUGGGUAUGCCCCUGGAGCUGAUCUGUGAAGCCCUCAUAGGUCACAGUGAGGACGUGAACACUGUCAUGUACUGGACUGUUAACAUGGAGUUCAUAGAGGAAUAUAAUGGCCUCACAGAGUCCUGGGAAUUUCUUCAGGUGCAAGGCAGAGUGUACAGCAGGUCUGUGCUGUUCAUCCCUGAAGUUCACCCUCACUUCCUGAACGUCCCUAUUCAGUGCCAUACAAGGAACUCAGUGGGUCAGUCUGUGGGAGUGGUGACGCUUCAUGAAGCCGACCGCACCGUGCUCUACAUCACAGUGGCUCUGUGCCUCACUGGGCCCCUGGCUCUUCUGGCCCUGGGCGCUGUCUUCUUCCUCUGUAAGGUAGAUCUGGUGCUGGCUCACAGGAAACUCCUGAGGCAUUUUCCCAAGAAACAAGCUCUAGAUGGGAAGCUCUACGAUGGGUAUGUGAGCUUCCUGAGCCCCAACACUCAGCGUUCAGCGGAGGCGGCGACCUUUGCCCUUCGGAUCCUACCUGAAGAGCUUGAGAAGAAACACGGCUACUCCCUGUACAUCAGAGGACGGGAUGACUGCCCUGGAGAAGCCGUUCAUGAUAGCAUAGCUGCCGCCAUUCACCAGUGCCACAGGCUGAUCAUCAUACUGUCACCGGAGGCUAAAAACCCCACCGACGCUCACACAGCAGAGGAAACGCUGCCAACCACAUGCGACGACCAAACGCAGAUGUGCUAUGAGCAGAAAGUCGGGCUUUACAGCGCGUUGACCCAGAACGACCCACAAGUGAUUCUGGUGGAAAUUGAUGGCCCUGUGGAUUACAGUCGCCUGCCAGAAUCUCUGCGCUACAUCAGGAGGAAACAAGGAGCCCUGAAGUUCAGGACAGACUCCACCAGAGCCCAAAGGCUCAGCCAGCUCUGCUCAAACAGGAACUUCUGGAAGAGUCUGAGGUACCACAUGCCCUCAGUGCCGACAGGAAGACGCACCAUCGUCUGAACGACGACGAAACCAGUGCUAAGGUUGGCGUUUGGCUGGAAAUGGUUCUAGUUUUUAAACAUUCAGUUCUUACAGAGAAUAAACAAAGCUAGUUUCCAGAUAAUUCCCAGUGUGACAUGGUGAGCAAUCUGCUGGAUUUAGUGUUCGUUUGAAACCUGAACCUUGAAGAGCAAAUGAUAACAGACUCACCUCUGUGUGUCUCUGAACAAAGCAGCAGUGUUUUCUGCUGUUUUUCUUUUCAUGCAGGAGUGGCUCAGUCACUGUUGGCUGUGACACAGAGGGUGUUUCCUAAUUAAUAGGAAAUUAUUGAUGGUUUUAAUGAUGUUUCUUUUGUAUUCGUCAGUCGUCAUGUGUUUUGGCUUUAGUUGCAAUAGUCAGAGUUUAUAUUAAACCCUGGGGCAAAGUUUGAGUAGAACAAGAACAGGCCAUUGUCAAAGCUUUGUUUCUUUCAAUCAAACACUUUGUUGGUGCCAGCUUAAACCUCACUUCCUGCUCUGCCCGUAAGGAAAAAGCACGUCCCAGAAACCACUGGACUGGGCACUGGAGACUUCCAUCUCAAUCAAAGAUUCACUCAUUCACCACUUACUGUAGUCCUCGCUAGCAUGCAUUAUGCUGCGAGGAAUGUUCUAAUGUCUUUCUGAAGUGAUGAAGACUGAUGAAUGGAAGGAUCUGUUUCCUCCUAAACAUAACAGUGAAGUGAAGGGAACCACAUCCUCCACUUGGAGAAGAUGAGCCACUCAACAUGAACCCAACAUGUCCGUCAUUCCUCCUGAAAGGGAACAGGCUUUGAGGUUAAUGAUGUCAGACUUAUUUUUACUUCUUCAAAACAAUAAACUUUAACCUUGUGAUAAAAAG